UUUUAACCCAAAAUCAAAGCAUGAGUCCUUCUGCUGCUUCUUUCUUGCUUCUGUUAUCUUCUCUAGCUCUCGUCUCCAUUGCCAAGACUCAAGACAGAGCUCCCCAUGGCAUUUCCCACGAGAAUCCCAUGGCCUUCUCACCAUCGGCAUAUGAAUUCUUCCACCCCAAAACCCAAAACCCAGACCCCAAAAACUCACCGUUGCUAAUGGCGGCUGAAGUGGACAAAGCACUUGAAACCAAAGUAAUACCGAGACAGAAAUCAGGCCAUCGAAUGGGAGCUGGUGGAGUUGCUGCCAUUGUAUUGGGUCUGGCGUUUGUAGUGCUUUCGGCAAUGGGUGUUUUCUAUGUGCUUAACACUCGUCGAGCUAAUGCUAUGGCUAGUCGACCCGACACUGUUCAACCUGAUGCCUGAUAGUGUGCUCUUCAAUCACCAACCCUCUCUCCAUUGUAUAAAUACAUAUAUAUAGGCUAAUACAUAUAUAUGGGUGUUUUCCUGCUUCCAAUCUGCUUUCAUGGAGUGUAUUUGUUUUAAGAUUCAGUUGGUUAUAUAAGUGGGAUGGUAGUGUUUUUUCAUAUUUAGACUAUU